GCCGCCUUUCAAACUGAACCAACUCUUGAGCAUCAAGAGGAAAAUCGAAGAGUCUGCGAUUGUUGUUACUGGGCAACACCAACACAGCACCAAACAUGGACAGUGUGUUGGAUCCAUUCACAGGCUUAGACUCCUUCUCCUCCCCUUAUUUCGACGACGAUGACUUCUUCACGGACCACUCGUCGAGGGACCACUUGGACACAGACGACUUUUUGGACGAGGAUGUCGAUUUCCUCACCAAUCAAAUCCAAGAAUAUUAUAAGGACAGUCGGAUAUUGCAGGACGGAGAUUACCGCGACGCUGGCAAUUUCUCUUUUUCUUCGUCGUCUUCGACUUUCUCGUACGGAUGCGCUGACAGCACCUCGGAACUGUCCCCUCACAGAGACGGUCCCUUGCUGAAGAGGCGGAGGCGCAUGAGAUCCGAAGUGGAGAUGCAACAGCUGCGUCAAGCUGCCAACGUCCGGGAGCGACGGAGGAUGCAGUCCAUUAACGAUGCUUUCGAAGGACUGCGAUCACACAUCCCCACUCUACCUUACGAGAAGAGACUUUCAAAAGUUGACACUUUACGUCUUGCAAUCGGCUACAUAAACUUCCUUGCAGAACUUGUGCAGUCCGACACGCCAAUCCGGAACCCACACAGUGAUACUUUAAACCCACCUAAAAAAGUCAUCAUUUGCCACAGAGGAACAAGGUCCCCAUCUCCAAAUGACCCAGACUACGGCUUGCCUCCUCUCGCCGGACACUCUCUGUCAUGGACUGAUGAGAAGCAGUUAAAAGAUCAGAACAUCAUUAGGACAGCGAAAGUCUGGACACCAGAAGACCCAAGAAAGUUGCACUUGAAAUCAUCCAUCAACAACAUUGAGAACGAACCCCCCUUUAACUUCAUUUCCUAAGGCAGUGUCAUUAUUAUUCUGUAUGCACAUUGUGUACAAGUCAACUGUAUGGAUAUGUCCACGUUUUGUUUGUUUGUCAUGUAUUAUUGUUACUAUGUGUAUUUCAGCUUUUUAGUCUGAAUUGAAGAUAUGGCCACUGGCAAUCAUUUUGUGUCGUAUUUAAUAGUUUAUUUGUGUUGUAAUAUAUUUUCUAAUUUAAUACGGAUUUUAUGUCAAACAAAACCUAUUUUUAUACAAACGAAGCACGAAAAUUGUCUAUAUUUAUACUGAUGUGAUGACUCAAUAAAUGUGUCUAAUAUCUCA